UGAUUCACGUUCUUCUCAACUCUCGCUCACUUGUCGCUUUCGUUUCUAGAUAAUUUAGGUUUGUUUUUAUAAUUUCUUAAUAAAACCUAACAAAUAUUCAUUUUACAAGGUGUGAAUUGAUCUCUAAGUGUCACAGAUAAGAUAACCAUGGCUGCAUUCCAAUCACCUAUGCCUAGCAGGGAGUUCCUAUGGGAUAUUUUCAGGAGAGUAGACAAAGACAGGAGUGGAUAUAUCUCAGCAGAUGAGUUGCAGCAAGCUCUCUCCAAUGGCACCUGGAAUGCAUUCAAUCCAGAAACUGUGCGUCUUAUGAUUGGCAUGUUUGAUAAACAGAAUAGAGGUGUCAUAUCAUUUGAAGAUUUUGGAGCUCUAUGGAAAUAUGUCAGUGACUGGCAAAACUGUUUCCGGUCGUUUGAUCGUGAUAAUUCGGGGAAUAUUGACAAAGAUGAAUUGAAGAGUGCACUAACAGCUUUUGGAUACAGACUGUCAGAUGAAGUUGUUCAUAUUAUGGUCCAGAAGUUUGAUAGAUUUGGUCGUGGCACUAUUCUCUUUGAUGAUUUUAUACAGUGCUGUGUCACUUUGUAUAUGCUAACUUCGGCAUUCCGUCAGUACGACACCGAUCAAGACGGCGUCAUCACGAUUCAUUACGAGCAGUUUCUCAAAAUGGUAUUUGGGCUGAAGUGCUGGCCGUAGCCGAAACGCCGCUGUUGCCAUGCUCAUGCGUCAUAAAGGUACAUACGUCAUAUUACUGUUUCUUUAAUACCGAGAAAUACAUUUUUUUUGUACUUGACAGGCAGAUGCCUUCACUCCACCUAAUGUAAAAUGGAAAGUGCCAUCCAAACAUUUGGAUGCAUUAAACACUUAUAAUUUGUAUUUCAUGAAGUUGAACUACACUUUGUUCCACUAACUUGCCUAGUGAAGCAAAGACAAGGAAUUCUAGUAGAACUAAUUAAACAGAAAAAUAGCACUUUGUAAAUCAAGACGGAGUAAAAUGGCUUAGCCCAGGCCUCAAUAAAUAAAAAAAAAGUAGUAAAAAUGGCAUUUGCAGGAUUGCCAGUUUCGAAAAAAAUUAUAUAGUCAUGUAGUUAGUUAUUGUUGACAUUUGAAACGUAGAAUGAGAAAAUGCAGACUACAAUCACAAAUAAAACAUCCGUGUAAAAACUAUGGUAGGUACAAGUACCAACGGAAAAGUCUACAAUCUUGAUAUGUAUACAUGGAUGCUUAAAUAGGCAUCUUAUUCCUUUCAUUGUAGUACCAUUAAAUUUGAGUUAUAACCAUAAUAGAUAAUUUAUAUUCUGGUGUAGCACAGCUUUCAUGUUAUUGUAAUAAGUAACAUUAUCAAAUAGUUUAAUUUAUUUCACAAAUGUAUUUAGAUAAAAGCGUGAAUCUGGGUGAAGUUUAAACCAAUUGGGAUAUUCUAUUGGUAAUAUUAUUGGAUUUAUAUAUUGGUAAUAACGUAUAAACCUACAAAUAAAAGAAGUUCGGUUAUUUAUUGCAUAAGCGUAACCAGUAUUCAGUCGAUAGAAUAUAUUUUAUCAUCUGCUAUCAAAAAAUGUAUAAGUAAACAAUAUAAAAUCUAUUGACUGCUUGCAAGCGGCAACACUUUUGUGCAAUGAACUGUCAUUAUAGUCUUCUUUUUCUUUUAAAUGUUAUGGCCCCAUCAAAGUAGUCGAUGAUUUCGCCAACGUCCAGUUGAGGAACACACACGUUUUUACUCAAAAAUUGACUGGUGAAUUUCGACAGAAUUCACUGAGCUCCUCUCAGUUGUCAUUAAACUCCGUCUUGGAAAACAAAACAAAUUGUUCCGUCAACGGAAUAACGAUAUUAACCUUAGUUCUUCAAUGGGAGUUGUUAAAAAAAAAGUGUGUAUAUUUUUCUCCAUGUCAAAUCUGUACCAAAAAAU